AUGGCAGACACGGAUGAGGAGAUUGAGUUACAAUCGGCGUCUAUAGCUACAUACUUUGUUCAACAUUAUUAUACAACAUAUAUUGAAAAGACACCUUGUAUGAAUUCUUCUCAAACUGGUCAUAUGUGGUUGAUGGAAAUAUUAAAAGGAAAUGAAAGUAGAUGUUAUAGCAUGUUUAGGAUGGAGAAAGAUGUUUUCAUUAAAUUAUGCUAUGAAUUGGAAGCUAAUUAUGGAUUUAAGGGUUCAAAGAGAAUGUGUGCUCUUGAGAUAUUAGGCAUGUUUUUAUUUACAUUAGGUCACGGUGCUGGAAACCGAUUAACACAAGAGCGAUUCCAACACUCAGGCGAGACAGUUAGUCGAUAUUUCAACAAGGUUUUAGAUGUUUUAUGUCAUAUGAGUGUAGAUGUAUUAAAACCACCAGACCCAGAAUUUAAAGAUGUUCCUGAAGAGAUAUUGAAAGAUUCUAGAUAUAUGCCUCAUUUUAAGAACUGUAUUGGCGCAAUAGACGGUGUACAUGUGAAUGCUAUAAUUCCACCUGAAGAUCAAGUACCAUUUGUUGGUAGAAAAGGGAUACCAACUCAGAAUGUCAUGGCAAUAUGUAAUUUUGAUAUGCAAUUUAUAUAUGCAUAUGCUGGGUGGGAAGGUUCUGCUCAUGAUACAAGAAUUUUCUAUACAACUUUACGUGAUUCAACUUCAAAUUUUCCAAAACCUCCCCAAGGAAAAUAUUAUUUAGUGGAUGCGGGAUACCCACAAAUUACAGGUUUUUUAGGACCAUAUAAAGGCCAAAGAUACCACCUACCACAAUUUCAACGAGGUAGCAAACCUACUGGUUAUAAAGAGAAGCAAGUGAAAAUAGUGAUUGCAUCAAUGACCUUGCAUAAUUACAUUCGAAGGCAUGCAAAACGUGAUCGACAUUUUGAGAAAAUUAGAGAUAAUCCAUAUUAUUGUGUAGAAGAUCAAACUAAUAUUGAAGAUGAAGAUGAGACAGCUAGAGCUUCAAAUUUAAAUGAAAUGGACAAUACUAGAGAUCUGAUUGCUGCAACUUUUUCUCACAGCACAACUAUAGUUGCUUUUUCUCACAGCACAGCUACAGCUGCUUUUUCCCACAGCACAGCUGUACCAAACUGGCCCUGA